AUGCAGCCUGCGGAACUGCUCCCUGUCGAGCCACAUCUCUGCUGUGUUCCCUCUGCGCUCCGUCCGACUGCUCCCUCCACACUGCAAGUGCUGCUGCUCGACUCCAACCGCCUGCAACGCCCUUUCCUCACUGCCCCGACUCUCCCUCCCCUCUCUUCCCCACUCUCUUCCCCGUGCUCUCCCCCUCUCUUCCCCCAAAGCAGCAGCCUGCGCAACUGCUCCCUAACGGGUCGCAUCCCAGCUGUGUAUGGUGCUCUCACCGCGCUGCAAGUGCUGCUGCUCGACUCCAACCGCCUGCAAGGGCCGCUGCUGGGGGAGGAGUCCAGGGGAAUGCAGAACCUGCAGCACGUUGAUCUGUCGGAUAACGAGUUGGAGGGAGGUGUCUCCUUCUUCCCUAGACUUGCGUCGCUCAAGCACCUGCUGCUUGGCUGGAACCGCUUUUCAAUUCUGCCAGGAAAUCUAGGCUUUCUUCCCAACCUCCGCACACUGGUGCUGGAUCACAACCGAAUCGGCAACACACUCCCUGAGCGCCUCUCCUCCCUCUCCAACCUGCAAACACUGGUGUUGGACAACAAUCCCAUUGGAGGGUCCCUCCCUGCUGGAUUCUCGGUUCUCACCAACCUUGUCACCAUCUCUAUGUCGCGCUGCCAGCUGGAGAACGCCCUCUUCAACACAUCGCUCCUCAUCAACCUGCAAAAGAUUGACGUGAGCGACAACGACAUCCUCGGCAACGUGCAAGACGCCUUGGAAGCUUCACUCAGAAAUCUGCGCCAUGUUGACUUCUCCAACAACCUGUUUAUUGGCUUCUUCCCAGAAUCCAUGUCCAAUCUUCAAGCAUUGGCUGUCCUAAACGCGGACAACAACAAGAUAAACCUACAACUCCCGGACCUCUCAGCUGCAGCGGCCUCGGGCGCGCUACACUACGUCUCCCUUAUAAACAACCAGCUUGACGACACAGGCGGCAAGGUCCGCCGGAAAACGCCCCAGUAUCUCAUAGACGUCAUUUCCAACAACUCCCUCCGCCUUUGGGGAAACCCUUUCUGCAAUUUCACCCCCGUAAUCCCAGCGCUCGCUCCCGCCUGCAACCGCUCUAACGAGAAAAUUCAGCCUCCGGUUUUCCUCCCGUCCCCCGGUUCCUCCCUUGAUGAUAUUGUCUUUACCUCAGACCCGUUCUGUCCCUCCCACACCUGCGAUCCUACCGCCGCUGCCGCUUACCCCAGCUUUUAUGCCUACCGGGUGGCAGCGGCGUGCGUCUGUGCCAAGGCGCUAAAAGUCUUUCUUAGGCUCGUGCACUCGCCGAAUCUGUUCUUCUCUAAGUCGCUAGCAACAGACCUGCAGAGGGGUUUGGAGGCGCAGUUUGGGUGGGAAACCGGGCAGGCGUGGAUUCGGCAGGUUCGGACGAAAAGGGACGGCUCUCAGCUGCUGGAGGUUUUGAUUUUUCUGCCCGGCGGGCAGAAAUGGACGGCUGCGAUUGUGAAUGCAGUGGUGAUGAGGUUCGUACGGCAUAAUGUCUCCAUGGGAGUCAGCUACGGGCCGUACCGCUUCGAAGGUUUCGUCUCGCCCAUUCCACCGCCACCACCCAACGUCCCUCCUCCACCUCCUCCCGCCCCCUCCAAAACCUCCUCCAUCCUCUUCCCCGUCCUCUUCACCUCACUCCUCCUCGUCAUCAUCCUCCUCCUCUUUCUCUGCUGGCGAUCCAACAUCUGGGGACGACCCAACAACACCCCCCCCUCUACAGUCACACUCACAACCCUCAAGAUCCCAGGGGUGAUGAAAGGAGACGAGUGGGAGAUAACGAUCAGUCCGUCGGAUUCGAAGAGAAUCAACGGCCGGCAGACGUUCCUGGUGCAUGGGGUUUGUUUCUUCAGAUACGACGAUUUGAUUGCGGCUACCGACCAUUUCUCGCACGUGAUUGGCCACGGAUCCUUUGCUGACGUGUACCUCGGGCACCUGGACGAAAGCCUGCUCCCGGAAUCAGCCGCUGCGGGGAAAGACAAAGGGCAGGCGAACGGGCAGAUUGAAAAGAAGCCGGAUGGCGCUCUAGGCAGUGGUGCUGCUGAGAUAGAUUCCUCUCCUGCUGCUGGUGCUGCUGCUGGUGGUACCGAUACUGAAGUUUCCUCCACCACCACUCCUUCGACUGUGAAAGAAGCACCGUUCGACUCGUCCCAAGGGACACCGGUGGCAGUGAAGCGCGUGCGCGAAGCAGCUCUCCGCUCUGACUUCUCCCUCUCCACCUUCAUCAACGAAAUCAAAGUCCUCUCCUCCAUAAGCCACCCCAACCUCGUACCCCUUAUAGGCUUCUGCAGGGAAGCGCAGGAGCUCAUGCUCGUCUACACCUACGCUCCAAACGGGUCCCUAUUCGACAAUCUCCACGGCGGGCUGAAAGAGCAAGGCGGGUUGAGGGACUGGGGGAGGAGGAUAGAUGUGCUGGUCGGGGCGGCGAGGGGGUUGGAGUAUCUGCACGGGGGGUUGGAGGUGCCGAUUGUUCAUUCCGAUGUGAAGCCGGAGAAUAUUCUCAUUGCUGCGUCGGGGGAGGGGUUGCUGUCGGAUUUUGGGCUGAGUGAGUUCGUGCGGGAGGCUUCGGUGCACACAUCUGCUUCGACAAUCGUCAGAGUGAAGGGAUCCGUGGGUUAUGUGUGUCCGGAGUACUCAUCAACAGGAGUGCUCAACUCCAAGUGCGACGUGUACAGCCUUGGGAUUGUCAUCUUGGAGACGCUCACGGGCCUGCCACCUCAGAUAGAGGACCAGCACCUUGGGACCUCCACGCACAUCCGCGACCUGGUCUCUGCAUUGCUGAGGAAGCACGACAGCGAUCCCUCAGCAGUGCUAGACCCUGCACUGCCCUCCAAUCUCCCCAAGGUGCCCGCCUGGCGCCUGCUGCAGCUCGCUCUGCGCUGCACUGCUCCCACCGGACGCGAUCGGCCGCACAUGGGGGAGGUGCUAUCUGAGCUGCUCUUUGUCCAGAACGCAGUGAGGAAAUCGUGA